UUGAAUUCUUAAGCAAAAAGAGUAAUGAAGACUCUCUUUCAGCAGCAACGCCAUUUCCUUCGUCUAAAUGCUCAUCGUCUCCCGAAGCUAUUCUUCUCCGAUCAAUCAUGGUUUUCCACAAAUCAAAAUCCUCCAAUCAAUUAUUCAUCUUCUUCCUUUACCAAUGCCAAAUUUUCCAUCAUCGCCAAUCUCCUCUCAGACCCGACCAUUACCUUCUCCUCUUCUCUCCACUCCGCCCUUGACAAAACCCAGGUAGACCCAGAUCCCGACAUGCUCCAAGCAAUAUUCCUACGCUUCGAUUCUUCUCCAAGGUUGUUGCAUGGUUUAUUUCUUUGGGCUGAAAAGAGACCUGGGUUUGAAUCUUCUGAUACGUUGUUCGACUCAAUGGUCAAUGUUCUUGGUAAAUCUAGGAGCUUUGAGGAGGCCUGGAGUUUGGUUCUUGAUCGGAUUGGUGAUGAUGGGGGGAGGGAGGGUUCCAAUUUGGUUUCCGUCAACACCUUUGUGAUUUUGAUCAGACGGUACGCUCGAGCAGGUAUGGCUCAGGCUGCUAUCCGUACAUUUGAAUUCGCAAGCAGUUUAGAUCAAAUUUGCAGUUCUGAUGAGAAAACUAAUCUUUUCGAAACAAUGUUGGACUCUGUAUGUAAGGAAGGGCAUGUUAGGGUGGCAUCAGAAUAUUUCACUAGAAAAAAGCAGACAGAUCUGUGUUGGGUUCCAUCAAUCAAAGUUUACAAUAUACUAUUGAACGGAUGGUUCCGGUCUGGAAAGCUCAAGCAUGCCGAGAGACUUUGGUCGAAUAUGAAAAAGAAUGGUGUGCUGCCUAGUGUCGUAACAUAUGGUACCCUUAUAGAAGGAUAUUGUACUAUGCGUCGUGUUGAGAGGGCGGUGGAAUUGGUGGACGAAAUGAAGGAAGUGGGAAUGGAGCUGAAUGCGAAAGUGUACAAUCCGAUUAUCGAUUCACUUGGAGAAGCAGGAAGAUUAAAGGAGGCAUUAGGGAUGAUGGAAUGAGUUUUAUCGUGUGAAUCGGGGCCUGAUAUUUCGACAUAUAAUUCUCUGGUUAAAGGUCAUUGCAAGGCCAAAGAUUUAGCAGGGGCUAGUAAGGUACUUAAGAUGAUGAUCAGCAGGGGUUGCAUCCCAACUAUUACGACCUACAAUUAUUUCUUUAGAUACUUCUCAAAAUUCAGGAAAACCGAGGAAGCGAUGAACCUUUAUACAAAGAUUGUUCAGUCUGGUCACGCUCCUGAUCGGCUUACCUACCAGCUAUUGUUGAAGCUGCUGUGCGAGGCGGAGAGGUUGGAUUUGGCCGUUCAGGUUAGCAAAGAAAUGACGGUGAAGGGAUUCGAUCGGGACUUGGCUUCGAGCACCAUGCUGGUUCAUUUGCUCUGCAAAAUGCAUAGGUUCGAAGAUGCUUUCGGAGAGUUCGAGGACAUGAUACGAAGAGGUAUAGUUCCACAAUACCUCACUUUUGAGAGAAUGAACAAUGAGUUAAAGAAAAGGGGAAUGACUGAGAUGGCUAGGAAACAAUGUGACAUGAUGAGGUAUGUCCAUUCUUCCAAAAAACUGCCCAAUACAUAUGUCGGAGAGGAGGACUCAUCACGAACGAGGAGGACGUUGAUAAUGAGGAAAGCUGAAGCGAUUUAUGAUAUGCUGAAAACAUGUAAUGAUCCGAGAGAACUCGUUAAGCAUCGAACUUUAUCCGGAAAUGCUGUAUCGAGAGCAGGCCAGUUGAUUGAGAUUAUCAAGAAAAGAGCUAAAGAAACAAGUAUGAAUGGUUAAGGCCUAUGAGCAAAGGAACAACAAGAAAGGAGCAGGCUUCAAGAGAACUUUGGUGCAAUUGGUGUUAGAUGGCUUCAAUCAUCUUCGGGGGAAAUUCAUCGAAAUUUGUGGAAGCGUCUUAGUGAUUACAAGUUAGUAUGUGUCCAAAAUUUUCUUACCUUCUUCUUAAUGUACAUAUACCUUUCAUUUACAGCUGUCCGAACUCGGAUUCUUCAGGGAGAAUAAUAUUUCUUUUUACUAUUACUAUCGAGAUCCUUUGAGAAGUUCAUGAAAGACCAUUUUUUACACAACACAUGCUGGGAUGUUGAAGACACCAUUAUAGAAAAGAUUGAUGUUCAAGAUGGAGGGUCCGAAGUGAAUGCAUAUGGCGCUUGAUUUUUAU